UAUUGUAACUGAUUUCUCGAAACAGCCGGAAAGAAUAAAGACAGUUUAAAGAAAUAUUUCAUUUAAUUUGAUAAGAAUUAAGCAAGAUUUCAAUUAUGGCAAAAUUAGUGUUGGAAAAUGGAAGUGAGUUUAAAGGGAAAUUAUUUGGUUACAAAAAAAGUGUUGCAGGGGAAGUAGUGUUUCAAACUGGCAUGGUUGGCUACCCUGAAACUUUAACCGAUCCUUCAUAUAAUCGCCAAAUACUUGUUUUUACUUUUCCAUUGCUCGGAAACUAUGGAGUGCCGGAUGUUACUAGAGAUAAAUAUGAUCUUUUAGAGAAUUUUGAGUCUUACAAAAUAUGGACAAGUGGUUUAGUUGUUGGAGAUUUGACAGAGAAUUAUAGUCAUUGGUCAGCUGUCCAAUCGCUCUCACAAUGGUGUGAUAGCAACAAAAUUCCAGGAAUAUACGGAAUAGAUACAAGAGCAUUAACUAAGCAGUUAAGAGAGAGUGGAACAAUGCUUGGAAAAAUUGUCGUAGAUGGUGAUGAGGAUAUACAAUUUUCUGAUCCUAAUAAAGUCAAUCUUGUUGCUGAAGUUUCAGUAAAAGAGCCAAUUUCAUACAAUGUUGGUGGAAAAUAUAAAUUGGUUGCUGUUGAUCUUGGAAUUAAAUACAAUCAGAUUCGAAGUCUAAUUGAAUGCGAUUGCGAAGUGAAAGUUGUGCCAUGGAAUUAUGAUUUUUGCCCUCUAAUAAAAAGUAAAGAAUAUGAUGGAGUUUUCUUGAGUAAUGGUCCAGGUGAUCCUAGUAUGUGUGGUCAAACAAUAGAUAAUGUCAGAAAGUUGUUAAAUGAGCUACCUAAUACACCACUUUUUGGAAUAUGUAUGGGUCAUCAAAUUCUCUCACUUGCAGCUGGUUGCAAGUCAUAUAAAAUGAAGUAUGGUAACCGAGGACAUAAUCAACCAUGUAUUCAUUCAGACACUGGAAGAUGUUUUAUUACUUGUCAAAAUCAUGGUUUUGCAAUUGACUCAUUAUCUCUGCCUGCUGAUUGGUCUAUCCUUUUUACAAAUGCUAAUGACAACAGCAAUGAAGGAAUUAUUCAUAACAAACUGCCAUAUUUUUCUGUGCAGUUUCAUCCUGAGCACAAAGCUGGUCCUAGAGACUUAGAGUUUUUGUUUCCUUUUUUUAUUGACAUAGUAGCAGAUUUUAAAAAUGGUUCAGCACCUAUGCUGAAAAACCUUUUAAAAGAAAAGCUUACAUUUAAGCCAAUCGGAUUAAGUUCUAAAGCAUUUCGUCCACGUAAAGUUCUUAUCCUUGGUUCUGGUGGACUUUCAAUUGGUCAAGCAGGUGAAUUUGAUUAUUCAGGAACACAAGCUAUAAAAGCUUUAAAAGAGGAGCAUGUCCAUACUGUCCUUGUGAAUCCUAACAUAGCUACAGUUCAAACAUCAAAAGGACUGGCUGAUAAAGUUUAUUUUUUACCUGUAACAUUUGAAUAUGUUUCAAAGGUCAUUGAAUGUGAACGCCCUGAUGGUAUCUUUUUAUCUUUUGGUGGGCAAACUGCACUAAUGUGUGGUUUAGAACUUAAAGAGAAAGGUGUGUUUGAUAAAUACAAUGUUUCUGUCCUUGGCACACCAUGUGAAUCCAUUGAAUGGACUGAAGAUAGAAAAUUGUUUUCAAAUAAAAUGGAGGAAAUUGGAGAACAUGUCGCACCAUGCGAUGUAGCUUACACUGUUGAGCAGUCUAUUGCGGCUGCUAAUAAAAUUGGUUACCCAGUGUUAUUGCGUUCGGCUUUUGCUCUUGGUGGUUUAGGAUCAGGGUUUGCAUCAAAUGAUGCUGAACUUACAAAGUUAUCACUAACAGCAUUUGCUCAAUCAAAGCAAGUUCUGAUUGAUAAAUCUUUAAAAGGAUGGAAGGAGAUUGAGUAUGAAGUUGUGAGAGAUGCUUAUGACAAUUGUAUUACGGUGUGCAAUAUGGAGAACUUUGACCCACUUGGUAUACAUACUGGUGAGUCAAUAGUUGUGGCACCUAGCCAGACACUUUCAAAUGAUGAAUAUAAUUUAUUAAGAAGAGUAGCUAUUAAAGUUAUACGACAUCUUGGAGUCAUCGGAGAGUGUAACAUACAGUAUGCUUUAAAUCCAAAAUCAAAAGAGUACUACAUUAUUGAAGUGAAUGCAAGAUUAUCAAGGAGCUCAGCACUUGCAUCCAAAGCUACUGGAUAUCCUUUAGCUUAUAUUGCUGCUAAAUUAGCUCUUGGUAUCCCAUUGCCAAAGUUAAAAAAUUCAGUUACAAGUUCUACAACCGCAUGUUUUGAACCAUCCCUUGAUUACUGUGUUGUUAAAGUACCAAGGUGGGAUCUAGAUAAAUUUCAGGGAGUCAGUAAAAAGAUUGGUUCAUCUAUGAAAAGUGUUGGUGAGGUUAUGGCAAUUGGUAGAUGUUUUGAAGAAGCUAUGCAAAAGGCUUUGCGAAUGGUUAACGAUCAUAACAUUGGAUUUGAUGCUCAUACUAAAAUUUUAGAUGAAAAGGAACUUGAAGAACCAUCUGAUACACGUGUGUUUUCACUUGCUUCUGCUCUACUACAAGGUUACAGUGUUUCUAAGCUGCACGAUCUCACCAAAAUUGAUAAAUGGUUUUUGUUUAAACUUGAAAAUAUUAUACGAUAUGCUGAAAGUCUCAGAAAAUAUUCCAGUGAUGGUGUUUCAAAACUGACAUACGAUGUGUUUCUCAAAGCAAAACAAAUGGGUUUCAGUGAUAAACAAAUAGCUAAAUGUGUUCAGAGCACAGAAUUGGUUAUACGAAAUUUACGUUUGGAAAUGGGUAUAUUACCACUAGUAAAGCAAAUUGAUACCGUUGCAGCUGAAUUUCCUGCUGAAGCAAAUUAUUUAUAUUUAACUUACAAUGGAAUUAGCAAUGAUGUUUCAUUUGUUGAUGUUAAUAAUUCAAUAAUGGUUAUUGGAUCAGGUGUAUAUCAUAUUGGAAGCAGUGUUGAGUUUGAUGCAUGUGCUGUUGGUUGUGUUAGAGAAAUGAAAAAGCUUGGUAAAAAAACAAUCAUGGUGAACUUCAAUCCUGAAACAGUUAGCACAGAUUAUGAUGAAUGUGAACGACUUUACUUUGAUGAAAUUUCUUUUGAGGUUGUAAUGGAUAUUUAUGAAAAAGAGAAUCCAGAAGGUGUGAUUCUAUCAAUGGGUGGACAAAUUGCAAAUAAUAUUGCAAUGCCUUUGCAUCGACAACAGGUUAGAAUAUUAGGUACAUCACCAGAAAUGAUUGACAGCGCAGAAAAUAGAUUUAAAUUUUCCCGUCUUCUGGAUGGUAUUCAUAUUCUUCAACCUACAUGGAAGGAACUUACUACAAUAGAGGAUGCUCACCUGUUUUGCACUCGAGUUGGUUAUCCUGUUUUAAUACGACCAUCGUAUGUUUUAAGUGGAGCUGCUAUGAAUGUUGUUUAUGCAGAAAAUGACUUAGAGGCAUACCUUGGAUCUGCUGUUUCAAUUUCAAAAGAACAUCCUGUUGUCAUUUCUAAAUUUAUUUUAGAUGCAAAGGAGAUUGAUGUUGAUGCUGUUGCAGUUGAUGGUAAAGUCAUUGCUGUAGCAAUCAGUGAACACGUUGAAAAUGCUGGUGUUCAUUCAGGUGAUGCAACUCUCAUUUGUCCCCCUCAAAGUCUCAAUGAUGAAACUUUAACAAAGAUUAAAGAAAUUUGUUUUGCUGUUGGAAAUGCUCUGAAUGUUUCUGGACCGUUUAACAUGCAGCUUAUUGCAAAAGAUAAUGAACUAAAAGUUAUUGAGUGCAAUUUACGAGUUUCGAGAUCUUUUCCAUUUGUAGCAAAAACUCUUGAUUAUGACUUGGUUGCCUUAGCAACUCGAGUUAUUAUUGGAGCAUCUGUUGAACCUGCUCUUAAUAUAAUGGGAAAAUGUAAAAAAGUUGGAUGUAAAGUUCCACAGUUUUCAUUUUCUCGGUUGGCUGGAGCUGAUUUUCAACUUGGGGUUGAGAUGGCUAGCACUGGGGAGGUUGCUUGUUUUGGAGAAAAUAAAUUUGAAGCUUUCAUUAAAGCAUUAAUAAGCACUGGGUUCACUAUUCCAAAAAAAAAUAUAUUACUUACUGUGGGAGCGUACAAGGCAAAAACUGAGAUGUUGGAAAGUGUUCAGUUAUUAGAAAAAAUGGGAUUUAUUUUAUACGCAAGUAUGGGGACUGGUGACUUUUAUCAAGAGCAUGGUAUUAAGGUUCAAAUUAUUGAUUGGCCAUUUGAAGAAAAUGGGAGUGAAGGUCAAGAGCUAAGUAUCCAGGAAUUUUUGGUAAAUAAUAAAUUUGAUUUAGUUAUUAAUAUACCAAUGAGACAGACGGGAUCAAGAAGAAAACCAUAUUUUGUUACUCAUGGUUACCGAACUCGAAGAUUAGCAAUAGAUCAUGCUGUACCACUGAUUACCAAUAUAAAAUGUGCAAAGUUAUUUUGUGAGGCAUUAUACAAAACUUCUAUUGGUAACAUAAAUUUAAAGACAAGUGUUGACUGUUUAAGUGCUGGUAGCAUUGUUCGACUGCCUGGUUUAAUUGAUGUGCAUGUACAUAUGCGUGAGCCUGGAGAUGAGUAUAAAGAAGAUUUUUCAUCUGGAACUUCAGCGGCAUUAUGUGGUGGAGUAACUAUGGUUCUCUGUAUGCCAAAUACAAAGCCACCUAUCAUUAAUGCUGCAUCCCUUGCUCAUGCUCAAAUGUGCGCUGCUAAAGGAGCUCGUUGUGAUUAUGCUUUGUAUGCUGGUGCUACUUCCGACAAUGCAAUUCACAUCAACAAAUCAGCAGCCUCGUGUGUAGCAUUAAAAAUGUACUUAAAUGAGACAUAUACAACACUUCAGCUACAUUCUUUGUCUGAUUGGAUGUCUCACUUUGAGCAUUGGCCAAAGCACUUUCCGAUUGUUUGUCAUGCUGAAGGUCAAACCAUGGCAGCUGCAAUUUUAAUGGCAGAGUUGUUUAAUAGAUCUGUUCAUAUUGCUCAUAUUUCAAGGAAAGAUGAGAUUCUCAUUAUCAAAGCUGCCAAAAAUCGAGGUCUUCAAGUAACAUGUGAAGUUUGCCCUCAUCAUUUGUUCUUAACAGACAAAGAUAUUUCAAGAAUUGGUAUACAGCAAGCAAAAGUGAAACCACCCCUUAAUACACUUGAAGAUCAAGAAGCUCUAUGGAAAAAUAUGGAUAUUAUUGAUUGUUUUGCAACUGAUCAUGCUCCUCACUCUAUUGAAGAGAAAAAACAAGGUGUUUAUGGAUUUCCUGGUUUGGAAACCAUGUUGCCUUUACUUCUUACUGCUGUUAAUAAUGGUCGUUUAACUAUUGAUGAUAUAAUUUUACGCUUGUACACAAAUCCAAGAAAAAUAUUUGGACUGCCUGAACAGCCAGACACGUAUGUUGAGGUCGAUAUGUCAGAAAAAUGGACACUACCUGAUGCUUUGCCGUGCACUAAAUCCAAGUGGACCCCAUUUGCAGGAAUGCAAGUAGUUGGGAAAGUUUCUCGUGUUGUAUUAAGGGGAGAACUAGCUGUUAUUGAAAAUCAGGUGUUAGCUCAACCAGGUUAUGGUGAAGAUGUCAGAAAAUGGGAUUCUUCAAAAUUUGUGCCAGCUGCAGACAUAGCAUCAAAAAAAAAUAAAGAAGUUACAGAUGAUUUUAAGGAUAUUCAAACAGAACACGUAGUUCAUUCAAAGUCUGAGGUUGAUAAAGUUCAUAGAGUGAAGAAUUCAUUAAGCUGCUGUUCAAUUGAACAAGAUGAUUUUUCAAAUCCACAAAAAAUACUUGAAGAGGUUUUUGAAUCUGAUGAUCUAUAUAAGAUUCAAUCUAAAAUUUGUGCUUCAAUUCCUAUGUCUUUACAAACUAGUGCAUUGCUUGGGAAACAUAUUAUUACAGUUCAAUCGUUUACAAAAAAUCAAUUAGGUGCCAUUUUCAAUAUUGCUCAUCAUUUACGUCAAGAAAUUAAAAAAGGAAAAUCAUUUGAUAUUCUAAAGGGUAAAAUUCUUGGGCUAAUGUUUUUUGAAGCAAGUACUAGAACAGCAUGUUCAUUCCAAUCAGCUAUGCAAAAACUUGGUGGAACUGUGUUAUCAAUUAAACCUUCAGAUGCAUCGUUAACAAAAGGAGAAUCUUUGUAUGACACAGUUCAUACUUUGAGCUGUUACUGUGAUGUUCUUGCCAUUCGCCAUCCGGAGAAAGGCGCUGUCCAGAAAGCUGCAGAACACUGCAGACGACCUGUCAUUAAUGCUGGCGACGGUGUUGGGGAACACCCCACUCAAGCAUUAUUGGAUAUAUUUACUAUUCGUGAAGAAAUUGGAACUGUCAAUGGAAUAACGAUAACUAUGGUUGGUGACUUAAAGAAUGGUAGAACAGUGCAUUCGUUAGCUCGUUUGUUAACUUUAUAUCGUGUUAAUUUACAAUAUGUAUCUCCUCCUUCUCUACAGAUGCCAGAUAAAAUAAAAACCUACGUUGCAAAAAGAAACAUUUUGCAGCAAGAAUUUACGACAAUAGAAGAGGCUUUGCCAAAUACUGAUGUAUUGUAUAUGACUCGAAUUCAAAAAGAACGCUUUGCUAAUACGGAAGAAUAUAACAAGGUACAUGGAUUAUAUAUUGUGACACCCAAACUGCUGACUAAAGCUAAAGAAAAAAUGGUUGUUAUGCAUCCUUUACCUCGAGUAAACGAAAUAAGCGUGGAAGUGGAUACAGAUCCUCGAGCAGCGUAUUUUCGUCAAAUGGAAUGCGGAAUGUACAUUCGAAUGGCUUUACUAUGUAUGUUAACGGGUCGAUAUUAA